UCUCAGCUCACUAGGAGCUCCACCUCCCGGGUUCGCGCCAUUGUCCUGCCUCAGCCUCCUGAGUAGCCCAGUUUGGUUCUGACCUCAAUGCUCCCACUCAACUUUUGAGUCGUGGUGUGCGUCUAACUGAGUUGCUGAAGCAAGGACAGUGUUCUCCCAUGGUUACUGAAGAACAAGUGGCUGUUAUCUAUGUGGGUGUAAAGGGGGUAUCUUGAUAAACUGGAGCCCAGCAAGAUUACAAAAUUUGAGAAUGCUUUCUUGUCUCAUGUUGUCAGCCAGCACUAAGCCCUGCUGGGCACUGUCAGGGCUGAUGGAAAGAUCUCGGAAGACUCAGAUGCAAAGCUGACGGAGAUUGUAACAAACUUCUUGGCUGGAUUUGAAGCUUAAACUCCUAUGGAUUCACAUCAAAUAUCAGUUCAGUUUUGUCAUUGUUUGUUCUAGUAAAUUAGGUUCAUUUGUAAAAGGGUUACUCUCAUACUCCUUAUGUACAAAAAUCACAUUUAAAAGUUUCCGUAAUGCAUUAAAAAAAAAAAAGAGGAGAGUCCCGGGGACCAGGCGGCCGCGGCAGUUGAGCACAGCUGCUCCGUGCUGGAGUCCCUGCACCGCCGCCAGGAUCAUGGUGUUCUACUUCACCAGCAGCAGCGUUAAUUCAUCUGCCUGCACUAUUUACACGGGAAAGGAUAAAUAUCAUCAUGAAGAUCUGAUUAAGCAUGAUUGGCCUCAAUAUAUCUGGUUUCAUGUGGCCAAACUCUCUUUGGCUCAUGUGUACCUUCGGUUGCAUAAGGGAGAGAAUAUAGAAGACAUUCCAAAGGAAGUGCUGAUAGACUGUGCCCACCUUGUGAAGGCCAAUAGCAUUCAAGGCUGCAAGAUGAACAACGUUAAUGUGGUAUAUAUGCUGUGGUCUAAUCUGAAGAAAACAGCUGACGUGGAUGUGGGGCAGAUAGUAUUUCACAGGCAGAAGGAUGUAAAAAUUGUGACAAUGGAGAAGAAAGUAAAUGAGAUCCUAAACCAAUUAGAAAAAAGCAAAGUGGAGCGGUUCCCAGACCUAGCAGCAGAGAAAGAAUGCAGAGAUUGUGAAGAGAAGAAUGAGAAAGAAGCCCAAAUUCAGGAAAUGAAAAAGAGAGAAAAAGAAAAAAUGAAGAAGAGAAAAAUGGAUGAACUUAGGAGCUAUUCAUCACGAAUGAAAGUUGAAAAUAUGUCUUCAAAUCAGGAUGGCAGUGAUUUAGAUGAAUUCAUAUAAAAGGAGAAAAGGACCUUUGAAAGAUGUGAAUGUAGAGACAAUUGCAGACCUUUUGGUUUCAUCUGUGUUCUGAAAUAUAAAAUACAACCAAAAUUCUACCUUCAUCCUACCCAGAAAUGAUUGAUUUUGGAGUUUUAAAAAAAUUUUACCUUUUUUGCUGACAGAAAAGGAUCAGAUACGUAUAAAAUAGUUGAACUUGACUGCAUAUAACUUAAAGUGAAAAUGUUUUGGCUAGAACAUGUCUUGGUACCUUGUGAAAGCCAGCUGCCCUUGUUCUCGAGAUAGACUUUAAAACGAACUAACUCUGAAAAGUACUCCUGUUGCUGUGGGGUCUAUCCCUGAAAACAGGUGUCUUGAAACACUUUUCAUAUUCUUAAAAUAAUCUUCACUUCUGUUAAGAAGAACAUGUUGAUGGGUAAUUAUGCGAAUGUUUCCCUGUCCCUGAUUUCCCGGUUAGAAAAAAUGGUGUAUGAGUUUUGAAAAAGAGAUUUCCAGAAGAUUGUUGGCUUCAGUAUUCACGUUCCAUCGUGUCAUCUGGGUCUGUUAGUAUAGUGACCCUGCGUGCAGCCUGUCCCAGCUUUUAUGUCCUUGCUUCCUCUGAGCAGGGGACUCCAUCUUAGUAUCAUCAUAUUUAAAGAAAUCGAUGGUGUUCAUCAAGGUGGGGCCUGUAGCAGUUGUUGCCUGAGCACCAGGUCACCCAAGUCACCUAUGCAACAACUUCUGGGCUCAGGAGUAAUUUCUCAGCACUGAGGGUAAAAUAGGAAGGAAUGCUCUGUUGAUCAUUUGGGAGAUGUAGGUUACCUGACUGGUGCCUUGGGAUGCAGCAUGAAGCAGAAGUCCAUAUUGCAAUUAUGAUUUUAGAAGGAACUAAGCAUUUCACCAGCCAGCCAAGUAAUUACUUUCUUUACCUUGAAAUCAUAUUUGAGUUGUAACCCCAGAGUUCAAUUUCUUAUUGUAAAUUCACUAACUUACUGUGUAACAUUACUUCUCACUUGAACCUCUCACUAUCUGUUGUGAUUCUGAGCAGAAGAUGCCUUUUGAUUGCAGUAUGUCAGGCAACCCCCAUAGAAGGAGACAAAAUGAGGAGAAAGAGAACAAAGCCUGCAAGACCAGAGGCCUACAGACGGACAUUUUACUCACACCCACAGCAGCAAGAAUGACCUCCUGCAGCAUAUACUCCACCUGUAAUAGCACUUCGGAACUGUGGGCAAAACCAAAAGGCUAGUGUUUCCAUUUAUGUUAUGGGGUUGAACUGGAAAAUUCCCUGAGGCAUAAUUCAUUGGCCAAAUUUUGAGAGGGUAUAGAAGAUGACUUUAGAAAUGAGUGGUUUUGUGUAUGUGUCUAAUGAUAUUCAGCCUGACGUUCUGCAAUUUUAAAAGUUAGAAUAAAGUAUCAUUUUUUAAUCUGGAGAAAAAGCUUGAAA